UAUUAUUUAGAAAUAAUGUUAAAACAAUUGUCGAAAUAAUUAAAGUAUCAAUAUAUUUGAAGUGUGAAUUAUAAACGGCUUUAGAAAUAAUUGCGAUAUUAACAAGGACUACAACUGGGUACCUCGUGCAGCAAACUGAAUAGAAGCAGCCACGAUCGACAGCAUCCACAAGCCGCGGAGUACAUGGGUGGAAACAGCGCUGCCGGCAAUUCGGCAGCAUUUACCUCGGGAGGAGGCUAUAUAGGACCGAUGAUGGCUAGCAGCAGCUUGGGUGCAGUCGGAGGCAGUGACUUGAUUCCGCCACCAAUUGGCACGGGAAGUUCUGCAUAUGGCGGAACUAGUUGGGAGGAGUUUUGUGAUCGGCAUGCGCGUGUGGCGGCCUCGGAAUUUGCGAAGGCAAGCAUUACCUAUAUAAAUGGUAAUUUGCCUCCAGAAGAAGCGCGAAGUAUACCACAUCGUAGCUUUGCCCAAAAAUUUAUGGAAUCGUUCUCUGAGCACUACGAUACUGAGUUUUUUCGAAGGCGUAGUAACCUUAAAAUUGGCAUUGGCUCUCUAUUUAAUGAAGGGAGCGGUGAGUUCGACGAGGAGCAAGAAGUUUCGCGUUUGUUUCCUAAAUCAUUGCUGCGCCGGUUGUCCUUCAAAGGUCUGCGUAAGGGAAAGAAACUUUUAUUUUUGCAGGCGUUUUUUCACAAAAACUCUGAUGACGGAGAUGGCAGUAGCAAGCACAGCAAAACAAAGCUGCACAAGAUUGUAGUUGAAUGCCGAAAAGAGGGUAUUGUAAACAAUCUGACGCCGGAGAGUUUGGAUCAGCCGACAGGAACGCAAAAGUGGGAAAAGUGCCGUUUAGCUUUGGUGAAGGCCGUCGGCGGCUAUAUGCUAGAGUUUUACACGCCGCCCAAAUCGACAAAACCGCGUAGCGGUGUCUUUUGUUUCCUUAUCUCGGAAGCACGCGAAACAACUCCGUUAGAAAUGCCGGACCGUCUAAAUACUUUCGUGCUAAAGGCCGAUAAUAAUAUGGAAUACGUUAUUGAGGCGGAGAAUCCAGAUGACAUGCGUAGCUGGUUAGCCACCAUAAGAUACUGCAUGCGAACACCUCCAACCCAACAACCCAUGAUUGAAUCAUCCGAAGUUAUAGCAGCGGCCAUGCAAACCUCCCCGAUUAGCACAAAUCCUGGUGGCGUCAGUGCCAUAGGCGGCAUACAAAAUCCGCAGUACCAACAACAAAGUGCAGUGGAUGGUUCUAUUAGUAAUUUGGGAGGAGAUAGUGGCCGCGGUGGUACAGCCAUUGCCGGUUCACAAUCAGCCGACAGUGCGUUGGCCACGUUAACAGUUGCAAGCACUGCCGCUAACAUCUCGGCUUCUGCAACGGACGUAAACGCCAUAUCUAUGGCCAGCAUUGAGUUAGGCAGCACGCCGCCCAAUGCCCCGCCAGAUGUACCUACACGUCCGACACGUACAGCCGGCACUGGCGAACGUGGAGAGCAAAGAUUGUCUGCUUCAAGCAACUUUGAUGGCAACGAGCUAGGCGAUGUGGAACCUGAUAUAAAUGUGGCGGAUCUCACUGCGGAGAUGCGCUUGUUCCCCUGGUUCCAUGGCACAUUGCCGCGCUCAGAAGCUGCCCGCAUGGUUCUUCAGUCCGAGGCAGCCGGUCACGGAUAUUUCCUAGUACGUCAAAGUGAAACGCGGCGCGGUGAGUUCGUGCUCACGUUCAAUUUUCAAGGACGCGCCAAACACCUACGUUUGACUAUAUCCGAGAAGGGCCAGUGCCGAGUGCAGCAUCUAUGGUUUCCGUCAAUACAGGAAAUGCUUGAGCACUUUCGGCACAACCCCAUACCUCUCGAAUCGGGUGGCACUUCGGAUGUGACACUGACGGAUUGGGUACACAACACCAGCAGACUAAAUGAAUUACCUACGUCUCAGGAGCAAGGCGCCGAAACAGGCGGCAGCGGGCAUCCAUCGCCGAGACAUUGCAACGAAGUGAUUACCAUGAAUCUAAGUGUUCGCUUAAAGACAAACGAAAUUGAACUGCCACAGGAGUCACAACACGUCUAUUUUCCGGAGCAAGUCUACUUCCAUUUGGACCCAACGACUCUAACAGUGCACAGCACGCCGCCGACCUCACAGACUUUUUUGGAGCAGCAGGCACAUUUACGUUCCUCGACAGCAUCUCUUCAGCAGUCACAGCAGCAGCAAGUCUCUGCCCCAGGCUUAACGCCAGUUCGCCAUGGUAGCGAAAGCAGUGCCAAUGGUGGAGCCGACUGCAGUGGACGAGCUGUAGAUAAUCAGUACAGCUUUACCUAAAUUUAUUAUUUGGAUUUUGACUUUGUAACGGAUUUUUUUUGUGCCAUUGUGUUGACUAGAAGCAGUGAAAUUGUCCUUUUUUGUUGCAUUAUGCAAAGAUUUAACUGUAGUCGUUUAAUCGUUGUAUUAUCAUUUUUUUUUGUAUCUUCUUGGAAGACAUGAAUAAACUAAAUAUUAUAUGUAUCAAAUUUAUAGGCGCGACAAACGCUAAUCCUAAACUUCCUGCUUUAUAAAAAAUCCCUAAAUUUGUAAAUAUAUUCGCCCUAUAUAGAAGGCGAAUUCUAGAACCUACAAUGUUACAAUAUAAAAUGGAGACAAAAUUAACCUGCGUUCAGCCAUAUUGUUCGGGAAAUAUCCAUAAAUCGAGAUACUAUAGGGGUUAAUGGAGCUCGCGAAGCGAUCGGCGUAAGGGCAAAGCCCCCUAAGUUGAUAUUACAAAAAUAUAUUCAUAAUGCGUACACGCAUGUAAA